CCAUUUGUAAGCAAAAAGACUUUUGACCAUUUUUUUUGCUUUUUCCGAUAUGGAGCUGCCGGAGAUGGAAUCAAUGGCGACGGCGAUCGGAGUAUCGUUGCCGGUGCUCCGAUUCCUUCUUUGUUUCGUUGCAACUAUUCCGGUGAGUUUCCUCCACCGUUUUGUUCCUUCUUCGACCGGAAGACACCUCUACGCCGCUGUGAUGGGUGGUGUUCUUUCAUACUUAUCGUUCGGAUUCAGUUCGAAUCUUCACUUUUUGGUGCCUAUGCUUUUGGGUUAUGCUUCUAUGGUUAUCUAUCGGCCUUAUUGUGGGAUCAUCACUUUCUUCAUUGCUUUUGGUUACCUUAUUGGAUGCCAUGUGUACUACAUGAGUGGGGAUGCAUGGAAGGAAGGAGGUAUUGAUGCAACAGGAGCUUUAAUGGUGGUAACACUGAAAAUAAUUUCAUGUGCAAUCAAUUACCAAGAUGGAUUGUUGAAGGAGGAGGAUUUGCGUGAGGCUCAGAAGAAAAAUCGUUUGCUCAAGUUGCCAUCAUUACUUGAGUACUUUGGUUAUUGUCUCUGUUGCGGAAGUCACUUUGCUGGUCCAGUUUAUGAAAUGAAGGAUUACCUUGACUGGACAGAGAGAAAUGGCAUAUGGAAAUCUUCCGAGAAAGGACACCCAUCACCUCUUGGGGAAACUUUGAGAGCUAUUCUUCAAGCAGCUUUUUGUAUGGGGUUGUAUCUCUAUCUUGUGCCUUUUUACCCGCUUUCCAGGUUCUCUGACCCGCUAUACCAAGAAUGGGGUUUCUUUAAACGGUUGAGUUUCCAAUAUAUGGCGGGAUUUACUGCCCGGUGGAAAUAUUAUUUCAUUUGGUCAAUCUCAGAAUCUGCUGUCAUUAUUUCUGGCUUGGGGUUCAGUGGUUGGACAGACUCUUCGCCACCGAAACCACGCUGGGACCGUGCAAAAAAUGUUGACAUAUUGGGUGUUGAGCUGGCAAAAAGUUCAGUUCAGUUACCUCUUGUAUGGAACAUUCAAGUUAGCACCUGGCUGCGACACUAUGUAUAUGAGAGGCUCGUACAGAAGGGAAAGAAGGCUGGUUUCUUCCAGUUGCUGGCUACACAGACUAUUAGUGCUGUAUGGCAUGGACUAUAUCCGGGGUACAUUAUAUUCUUUGUUCAGUCGGCUUUGAUGAUUGCUGGAUCAAGAGUCAUUUACAGAUGGCAGCAAGCUACAAAAGGUACUCUGUUCGAGAAGAUACUAACGUUAAUGAGCUUCACAUACACACUAUUGGUUUUAAACUACUCUGCCGUUGGCUUCAUGGUAUUAAGUCUGCACGAAACACUCACUUCUUAUGGAAGUGUGUACUAUAUUGGAACCGUUAUACCGAUUGUACUUAUCCUGCUCGGUAAAGUGAUUAAGCCAGCAAGACCUACAAGAUCUAAAGCUAGGAAAGAAGAGUGAGUCAUAACGUGCUUCUCGAUAUGGUUGUUUAGUUAUUUUUUUGGUGAAAAAACUAGAGCUUUGCUUCUUCUAUUUUGUUUUAUGUCUCUAGAACUUGUGUUUUAGAGACAUAAAACCAAGCAAAUUGUUUUGAACAAAAAUAACGUCUUUUAGCAUUGUUUAACUGGCUGCCAAAAAUCAUGUUGCCAACUGUGUAAUUUCUGUAGUUUUUGUGAAUGUUUUGCUUUUA